AUGACAGAAUUAAAUAUGCAACUAGAAGACUGGCUCGACGAUCUCUGCGUCCGAUUUAUUCUGAACCUCCCGCUGGCUGAUCUAGAAUCGAUUGAGCGGAUAUGUUUUCAAGUCGAAGAAGCCCAAUGGUUCUACGAGGACUUCAUCCGUCCCCUCGACCCCGCCCUUCCAUCCAUGUCCCUCCGCCAUUUCUGUGAAAGAAUAUUCUCGCACUGCCCAUUGCUUUCCGCUUUUUCUCAAGGAGAACACAUGAAAGCUUUUGAGCAGUUCAUGGAAUACAAGGCCCGCAUUCCCGUAAGAGGUGCCAUCUUGCUGAACGAGGAAAUGGACUCUGCGGUUCUGGUCAAGGGUUGGAAGAAAGGCGCAAACUGGAGUUUCCCUAGGGGAAAGAUCAACAAAGACGAAGACGACAUGGUUUGCGCUAUCCGAGAGGUUUACGAAGAGACUGGGUACGAUCUUGUGGAAGCCGGGCUAGUUCCGGAAGGCCGAGAUGUCAAGUCAAUUGAGGUUAACAUGCGAGAUCAACAAAUGCAACUUUUUGUCUUCAAGGAUGUACCGAUGGAUACCUACUUUGCGCCACGAACACGCAAGGAGAUCAGCAAGAUCCAGUGGUGGCGCCUCUCUGACCUUCCAGCGUUCCGAAAGAAAGGCCAGGCAACCACCCAGGGAGUUGUGAAUGCCAAUAAGUUCUACAUGGUGGCACCAUUUCUCGUGCCUCUCCGUAAAUGGAUCUUGGAAGAGAAAAAGAAAGGGACAAAGAGACGUCUAAGCAAGCAAUACCUGUCUACUGGUGACGAAAUAUUUACAGAAGAAGAUCAGGGCGUGGAUUCAGCUGGCCCAGGGCAGACUGAUGACGGCCUCCACCGUGGCAUGCCAGAUCAGAGUAGUCUGGAGGAUGCAAGCGCUGCUCUGAAUCGUCUUUUGAAGAUACAGCAGCCUCAAGAGCUGCAAGCUGAACCAACUCCCGUUCCUCAACCUGUAAAUAAGGUCGGCAACGCGUUGCUUGCCUUACUUCACAACAAGCCAGCUACUGCGAACGAACAAAUCCCCAAAGUCGCACCGCCUCAUACACCAAUGGACCAUGCCCGUGCUCAACCUCAGAUGCCUCCGACACCUCACCACUUCCCACCCAGGCCUCCGCAGUUCUCCAGCAUGCCACCUCCGCCUACUUUUCCAUUCCAUCCCCAGCAGCAACAGGCUGAGACGUUCUCCCAUCAGUUGCCCAACCUCUCGCCCCAGUAUCCUAGACACAACUCUCACCAGAAUUUCCCGCCCCACAAGCCAACGCCACAACGGACUCAGAACCCACACAUCCACCAGUCUCAGCAUCUGGUUCACCCGCAACCACUCCCUCCGCAUGUUCAAAGAGCUGUCUUUACUGGAGGCCCUGCUCAUGCUCCCAUGGUACCUCCACCUCGAGAAACACAGCCGCCACAGCAUCAUCCAACUGUCCCCGUAGCACUGCCUAGCCCAAUGUUUCCUGGCUUGCACUCGACCAUGGUCCCACCACAGCCGAAGCAGACACCACCAAAACUCACCAGUCAUUCAUUGGCUCUUCUCAAUGCUUUCAAGAUACGAGAUCAGGCAGCCAGCGAGGCUCCUGCUCCGCGUGAUCUCCCCUUGAGGCAGUAUGCUUCAGACAUCCAAACCCCUCGAGCGCAGCCGAUGCCUCAAGAACUACCCGCGGAUGCUUCUCAGAAUUCCCAGGAGCCCCGUCGUCUGCGAGUUGGACAGCCCCAAAACGGCCACCCAGGAGCUGCUCCUCCAAGUGCGGCUGCCAGACCAGCAAUCAGUGACACUCAGAAGUCAACUCUGCUCGGUCUCUUCAACAGCCCUAAAAUUCUAGCAGCGGUGCCUGCAGGACCGCUUAGUGCGACAGCAUUGCCUCCCAGCUUAACUCCUUCUGCAGUGGAGCUGUCAGCCGUGGAACCAUUAUCCACCAAUGCUGCGGUCACAUCUGCUCUCCUCAACGAUAAGCGAGUUCCAGAUCAAGCCGCGAAUAUUGGUACCAAGCUGGCUCUACCACCAGGCUCCCAGCUUCCUUUCAGACCCGCCACAAUUCUUGCUCGGCCUGUGGAGUUGAGCGAGGAAGAACGCGCCGGGAAAGACGGCUCCGCGCCGAAGAUGCGCUCGAACGGAAAGAAGGCAACACCAGUGUCAAAACGCCAUGUAUUACGCGCGGAGAAGUCAUUAUUCCAGCCUCAGAUACUGAAACGGCCGCAACCAGCCGUAUCGAAAACGCCUGAUGAUUCAACUCUACAGCAGCCAAGUUUCCCAGUACUCGCUCAACCCUCAUUUGAGCGACCAGCGAGUGCAACAGACCAUACACAAACCUUACUCUCCUUGUUCCGCAAAGUCCCUGUUGGCGCGACUCCUCUUUCUCAAGGGCCAUCUGACGAGAAACUUAUUUCGAUUUCCUCUGUUGAUCCAAUGCCGGGACUGGCGUCGAGAACGAGAGUAGGAAGUCUCGCGUCUAUGGAAAUGGGUCCACGGCGUGGCAGCCAAACUCCUAUAUCACCUGCAGACACGGGGUUUCUGCUCAAUUAUCUGGAUGCAGUUGCAAAUGGAGUUCAGCGAUGA